UCGUGAAUUUAAAAAAUUAUAAAACAAGGCCCAAAAUAACUUUGAUGGUAUUAUUGUAACAUAAAGAUGAGUUCUUUAAACAGUUUAUCGAAAUAUCUAGGAGCACCGAUAGCGAAACAGCAGUUAAUAAAUAUUAACCUUAAAAGAUUUUUAAGCAGUGUAUCUGAAGAAUGUAAAAGACAAAGUGAUUUGUUUGCCGCUGAAAAACAAAGACAACGCGAAAAUGUCGGUAGAAUUGAGAAAAUUGAUGUUCACACCGAGGGACCUCCAGAAGCCAGUUUAAUCAUGAACAAGAAUGUUUCUACGCCUUAUGACUGCGCCAAACAUUUGGGAGACAAAUUUGUGGAUAGGGCUGCUGUAGCACUAUUAAAUAACGAAACAUUAUGGCAUAUGCAUAAACCUUUGCCUGAUUCCUGCAAAUUGGAAUUUUUACAUUAUCAAAUACCUAACCCUGCUGUUGUUAAUAAGACAUUUUGGAGGACAUGCAGUUUUCUAUUGGGAGCUGUGGUAUCAAAUGCAUUUAAAGAUGAUGUCAAUCUACAGUUACACAGUUUUCCCAGUCCAAAUGUUAAAUCUGGCAGUUUUGUGUAUGAUGUUCAGCUAGGCUUGGAAAACUGGAAACCAACAACUUCUGAACUGAAAGUAUUGUCAAUAGAAAUGAUCAAAUUCUGCCAACAAGCCCAUCCAAUCGAAUGUCUGGACGUAGACAAAGACUUUGCCUUCGAAAUAUUCAAAUGCAACCCUCACAAAACCGAACAAAUCCCCGAUAUAGCAGCACAUAACGACAAUAAGGUGACUUUAUUCAAAGCCGGACACCACGUGGAUAUUUCUAGGGGCCCCAUGGUCACAAACACGGAUCACUUGGGCCGGAUUACCGUUUGCAAUGUUCUCAAGCUGGAUACGGAUAUUAGUGGAGGGCCUAUCUACAGGUUUCAAGGAGUUGCUUUGCCAAAGAGUAUAGUUCUGAAUCACUUCGCUUAUGGUAUUAUCGAGGAUAGAGGAAAGGUUUUGAAUUCGGGAAGGAUACCUGGAAAACAUGGUGAUGUGAAUGAGGAUAACACUUUUGUUAGUCAAAUGGCUGUUUAAUAUAGUUUUAUUUAUUU